UUGUGACGACGGUUUGUAUUCCUUCUCAUCAGAUUGCAUAGUCACUGGGUUCCGAAUGAAUGGAGGGUGCUGAUGCGUGGAAAUGCCUCAUGAUCCAGGCCCUCAGAUGAUAGCAAAAUCACCCACCCAACCAUGAACCCACUAUCCCGUCCCCCGACCUAUCACCUACCCUUUUCCUACACUAACAAGAGCGCCUUCAAAUACAAGCUGAUCCCCUUCGCCACAGUCGCUUUUGGGUUGCCCUGGUUGGCAAUCGGGUGGAGGUGGUAUCGCCCCGGGGGUAUGAAGAACCCGUAGACCCCAUAUGAUGGGAUGCAGCUAGCACUCGCAUUUCAGAUGGGAUAUCGACUCACCUAUGGUCGGGAGCACAAACGGCACAUUGUAAUAUAACCAGGCGCUCGGUAUUGGAAUGGUUACUGGGUUAGAUUCCUUGAAAUGGAAAGAAUGAGCAGCUUAAGACGCGAUAAAUACUGUACAAGGUCUGGAAGACAGAACAUGCUGACGAAGGCUUCAUUUUAUGGAAGUUUCUUGCGUAAAAGCCUCGAUUCUUGCACUUGAUCGCCUUCGUUCUAAUGGAAGCAUCUGAUGAGUGCCUGUUGCUCGGGACUGCGAGUUAUCAAGCUCGUACUGUUUCUACAUAUCGGCAGCGCAGUCGUCAAUGGACGGCGAAGCAGCAUGCCGAAUAUCAACAGGUAAGAU